UCUAACAAAACCUAAGUCCCCGCUCAGUUAGUAGUUAUAUACUGAUUGCCUCCUCUUUCCCUUUACCCUGUUUUUAUUAUUAUUACGCGGCAUGGCUUCAAACUCUGCUCUCUCCAACCCCAAACUCUCUUUCUCUUCUUUUUCUUCUUCUUCUUCUUCCUCUCUCAACCCUUCUUUUUUCCACAACAAACUUCUCUUCUCAAAACCAAACCUCAAAACCACACUCUCCCAUUCCCGCAACCUCAAACCACCCUCCUCAUCCACCAACACCAACCCUAUCACCACAGACACAUUCCCUUUCCAUAACCUAACCGCCAACGAUAACGAAAAGCCUCGCGAAGAAUGCGGCGUCGUCGGUAUCUACGGCGACGCCGAAGCUUCUCGCUUAUGCUACCUAGCUCUCCACGCUCUUCAACAUCGUGGUCAAGAAGGUGCUGGAAUUGUCUCCGUUAAUAAUAACGUCCUUAUAACCGUCACCGGCGUUGGACUAGUCUCCGAAGUUUUUAACGAUACGAAACUCCGGCAAUUACCGGGAACUUUAGCCAUCGGUCAUGUUCGUUACUCUACAGCAGGCCAAUCUAUGCUGAAAAACGUUCAACCUUUUGUUGCAGGUUACCGUUUUGGUUCCGUUGGUGUUGCUCAUAACGGUAAUUUUGUUAACUACCGUUCCUUGAGAAACAAGCUUGAAGAAUCUGGUUCGAUUUUUAAUACGAGUUCUGAUACUGAGGUUAUUCUUCAUCUUAUCGCGACUUCGAAUCAGAAGAGUUUUAUAACUAGAGUCAUUGAUGCUUGUGAGAAGGUGAAAGGUGCUUAUUCGCUUGUGUUUGUUACUGAGGAUAAGCUUGUUGCUGUGAGAGAUCCUUACGGUUUUCGGCCUUUGGUCAUGGGAAGAAGAAGUAAUGGUUCUGUUGUUUUCGCUUCGGAAACGUGUGCGCUUGAUUUGAUUGAAGCUAGUUAUGAAAGAGAGGUUUAUCCUGGUGAAAUUGUGGUUGUGGAUGAAACUGGUGUUCAAUCUUAUUCUCUGGUUUUUCAUCCAGAGCCGAAACAAUGUAUUUUUGAGCAUAUUUAUUUCUCAUUGCCGAAUUCGGUUGUUUUUGGGAAAUCUGUUUAUGAAUCGAGAAGAUUGUUUGGUGAGAUAUUGGCUACUGAGAAUCCUGUUGAUUGUGAUGUUGUUAUAGCUGUUCCUGAUUCUGGUGUUGUUGCUGCGCUUGGCUAUGCUGCGAAAGCUGGUGUUCCUUUUCAGCAGGGUUUGAUUAGGUCACACUAUGUUGGUAGAACUUUCAUUGAGCCGUCGCAGAAGAUUAGAGAUUUUGGUGUGAAGUUGAAGCUUUCGCCGGUUCGUGCUGUUCUUGAAGGUAAAAGGGUUGUGGUUGUGGAUGAUUCUAUUGUGAGGGGGACAACAUCAUCUAAAAUUGUGAGGCUGUUAAAGGAAGCUGGUGCUAAAGAAGUUCAUAUGAGAAUUGCAUGUCCACCAAUUAUUGGGUCUUGUUAUUAUGGUGUGGAUACACCUAGCCCUGAUGAGUUGAUAUCUAAUAGGAUGAGUGUGGAUGAGAUUAAGGAGUUUAUUGGUUGUGAUUCACUUGCUUUUUUGCCUAUGGAUAGUUUGAAGAAGCUGUUGGGUGAUGAUUCUUCUAAUUUCUGUUAUGCUUGUUUUACUGGGAAUUAUCCUGUUGAGCCUAAUGAACUCAAAGUCAAGAAGGUUGUGGAUGGUGGAUUAAAUGGAUCUGUUCAAGGUAACCCAAAUCAGAAAGAGGUGAAGAUUGUUGGAGUUUGAGUACAAUUGUUCUACUUGCGAUUCUGGAGUAUAGUAUAUAUACACCACAUUAUUAUACAAGGUACAAUUAGUGGACAGAUAAAUGUCUAAAGAGAGUAUCAUCUGACUACACUAUUUUACUUUUAGCUAAUUUGGAAAUUCUUAAUACUAUCUAUUGUUAUAUUUUGAAAUUUUUCUUAUUUUUAAUUUAGGUUGAUCUUAUAUAUGAUUAAAAACUAAGGAGGUUUAUUUUAUAGUUUUUUUAUUAGGAACUAUAGGUUUUGCAUUGUUUUUGUUUAUUUUUCAAUAUAGAACUAUAUAUUUCAGGUUUUGCCCUUUUGUUGUUAUUUCUUCUUAAAUAUACAGCACACAGACUAUAAUCUUUCGAAUAUUAUUCAACUUCUUGUGAUUUUAUUUGAGACCUCAAAUGUAGACAGUUGUAAAUAUCUGGCUUAAUUUUAGUUGGUUCUUUUCUACUAAAUGUGUUAACUUCUUUUUUUAAUAAUUGAACAAAGUGGCAAUUGUGAUGGUAGCUUUAUGACCAAAUAAAAUGUUACAGGUUCAAAUGCGCGGUUUGAAGAAUAAGUCAUUUUUUGUUGAUUUAUUUACAUGUAUUUGUUUAUGUAAAAACUUUAAUACUCAUAUUAUCACUUGACGCCCUGUUUUACAUAAAAAAAAAAAAAAAAAGUUGAGCAUUCCUAACUGAAUGUUUUGUCAUUGCAAACAAUAGUGCAGUUUCUAAUACAGACACAGGCCA